AUGCCAGACACCAACGGCGUCGCCAGCAGCGCCCACCGCGGCAUCCAUGCCAUCAAUCCCUUCUCAGCCCGCGAGGACCGCUCUCGCGAGGCCAUUAUCGCGUACAAGGUUGGCACGACUGUGUCUUGGCUGCUUCUCUUCAUCACGAGCGUCUACUACACCUUCGAGCACCCGCAUGAGGGCAAGUACCACCGCCAUACGAUCUGGGGCCAGAACCGUGCGCAUCGGACUCCAUUCACCAUGAAUUCCGUCAUCGUAAGCAUCUACUGGAUUGUUCUCUUCAUCCUCCAGAUCGGCUACAGCUGGCACCUCUACGCGUCCAACACUGUCUACGUCAACGCGGCUGCCAACGUUGGAUCCCACUUCAUCGCGCACAACCUGCUCAUCUUCGGCUUCAUUCACCUCUGGACGCGCUCGCACUUUUGGCUCGCGGAACUCCUCCUCAUCGUGAACUUUGUAAACCUCAGCGCCGCCUACUUCCGCCACAGCACUACGCCUAGGUUCAUCCACAUCCCGGUCGUCAGCGGCCCCCUGGCCUGGAAUUUCGUGGCCUUGUACUGGGUCGGUGCCGUAGCGGUGCACGCACACACGCUGCCGGCUCGCAUCGUCGCCAACAUCUUCAUCUGGGGCAUUCUCGCCUACGGCGUGUUCUUCCUGGCCGCGUUCAAGGACUACACCAUUGGCUUUGAGCUCUCCAUCCUCGCAGCCGCUAUCGGCGUCGACCAGUUCCUAGGCCACAUCAUCGCCUUCCAGUGGAUCUUCGCCUUCAUCAUCAUGGCCCUCCUCUUCGUGCUCUCCCUCGCCGUCGGCGUCCCCGGCCUCCUAGGCCGCGACCCCUUCAAGCGCGGCGAGAUCGUCGCCGAGGACCGCGAGCGCGCUCCCCUCCUCGCGGACGAGUAG